AUGAGCAAUCCAGAAGCUUCCACAGCAGAGGGCAAAGAAUUAAGUUUCGCGGAAAAACAAGCUGAACGUAUGAAAAGAUUGCGUUCAUUACACUCAGCUAGAAACGAAGCUCGAACACAUAAUCACCAGGAAGUAGUAGCAGAAGAAGCUAGAAAUAAACUCCCCGUCAACUACGAAGCUAAAAAACGACAAGCGGAAUGGCUUUUAGAAGACCAAAACAAACGUGAGGAGGCUACGAAACAAGGCAAGGAUUACGACAGAGUUAAACUACUAAACAUAUCUGCGGUUGAAGCAGAGAGAUUAGAAAGAAAGAAGAAGAAGAAAAAUCCAGACCAAGGGUUUUCCAGUUACGAACAGGCCACUGUCCGACAAUACAACCGAUUGAUAAAGAACAUGCCGACAAUGGAUAAUGAGGAAUACGAAAAACAGAAACAGAAAUACGGUGAAGCGUUCUACGGAGGGCCCAACGUUAUUAUACACGGUAUGCACGAAGACCGCAAGGAAGCUGUCGAUAAAAUGGUGAAUGAUUUAGAGGGACAGAUAGCAAAGAGAUCGAAAUACUCAAGAAGACGUAUUCAUAAUGACGAUGCAGAUAUCGACUACAUCAAUGAACGUAAUGCCAAGUUCAAUAAGAAAUUAGAGAGAUUCUACGGAGAACAUACUGCUGAAAUUAAACAGAACCUCGAAAGAGGUACUGCUAUAUAG